AGUAGUAAGUUGUUACCAGUUGGGCUUUGUUACAGUCUGGCUACAAGGAUCAUGUGAAGUGGAGUUGCUCUGCUACACUUUAUUUUAACUCUCUUCACUGCAUCGAACAAAAUACCUCGACUCUUUCAGAUGGAGACGGAUGGCGACCAGAACUCGGGGUCUGCCAAUGGGAAUGCUCCAUCAGGGGGGAAUUCUCGCCCCCCUCAAAUAUCUCAAAUGUCUUUGUAUGAAAGACAGGCCGUUCAGGCUCUCCAGGCGCUCCAGAGGCAACCUAAUGCAGCCCAGUACUUUCAGCAGUUGAUGCUGCAGCAGCAGAUUAACAAUGCCCAGCUCCAGAACCUGGCUGCUGUCCAACAGGCUACUCUGGCUGCCAGUCGACAGUCCAGUUCUCCCAGCAACAGUGUUUCUCAAGCCACCAGCGCCGCUCACUGCACUGUGAAUUCAAGUUCUUCAGGAGGAGGGACUAUGAAUAAUCCCCGACCUCUUGGUCCUGCCUCCUCCGCAACAUCAUCGGCCAUUAGCCAGUCAGUACUGUUGGGUGGAAACACAGCUGGCCAAGGACAGAUGUACCUGAGAGUGAAUCGUUCCCUUAGGGCACCUCUGUCUUCGCAACUCAUCUUUAUGCCGGGGGGUACAGCAACUGCUACUGUGGCCGCUGUUGCCCAGCAACAGCCUCAGCAGCAACAACACCAUCAGCAACAGGAAGUUACUCCCACCUCUUCCAGUAACCAAACAGAUAGUGACCAGGUGCAGAAUCUGGCCGUACGGUGUGCCUCCAGUCCUCGAGUAGCGGGAGUGAAGACAGAAUGUCCUGACCGAAAAGACACAGCCGCCUACUCUAUUGUUCAGCAACCACAGCAGCAACAGCAGCAGUUCCCCCAGUCCACGCAGCAGACCACAGCACAGCAGAUGCAGCCACAGCAAAUCCACAACAAAUUGCCCUCUUACACCCAGCCAACCACUCCCACUCUUCCUAGUUUAAACCUUAAAACUGGCAACCAGUCUAACAUGGCCCCUCCUGCAGCACCUUCCCUCCCACCUUCAUCCUCCCCUUCUCCCUCCCUCCCCCUCUCUCAACUGCUUCUCUCUCCAUCCGGUUUCUGUCAGGCACGAGCCGUCACAACGGUGACUUCAGCCACCACAGCAACACACAUCCUUGUAUCUACUUCAAACAGCCCUACUCCCUCCCAAGGCUAUGCCGUUGCAUCUGCAGGCCCUAAACCUAGCAUUAAUGCUCAGACGUUGGUGGUUCAGCCACUGCAGCAGUCCAACACUAAUAUCAGCUCUGAAAAAAUAGGUCACAGUUCUGGCCCGGUUCCCAUACAGCCGAAAACUGUCCAAGGUCUACGUUUGCCCCUACAGCUCCCUCCGAAACACCCACCACCCAUUCUUCCUGCCCCGUCAAACAGUACCCAGUCUAGUGCCUCUCCCCUGCCUCCUCAUGUCCCAGUUCAGCUGGUGGGUGCCAGGCAGGGUUCGCUGGGAGGCUCUCAGGGUAUUGGUCUGGCUCAGGCCCGGAGCUGCUGUGCACAGGAAAAUGGGACUGUGAAUAACUCUAAUAAUUCCAAUGUCGUUACAAUGGUAACUUCCAUGGCAGCAGGAAGUGGAGCGGGGAUGGGUGGAUGUACAGGUGUAAAGGCACCCCAAACUGCCUUGCCAUUGACCCAGGUAUCUCAGAUCCACCUUCCUGCUAAUCAGGGUCCAGUACUAAAUGCAAAUCGUUCCUCGACUUCUACCUCCUCUUCACCAUCCCCUAAUUCUUCCAAUCCUGGCCUCUCACUUCCUCAUCCAUCGGAUAUACAGAGUUCUGCCUCAACUGUAGUGCCUCCCAGUGGUGAUCCAGAGUAUGUACAGUCUGUACAGACACAGGGGAAGCCUGUUGUUGGCUCUCUGAAGAGGAAAUCUGAGUCUGAUUCCAGUGUGCCAGCCACAGGCCCUGCCCCUCUUUGCUCACCCCCUCUGAGAGAGAUAUCGGCACCGGACCCUGCCGCAGCUGUUGAUGAAGCCCCUGACACUGCCUCGGCCUCCACCCAGGCACUCUCUUUGUCUCGAGCAGGAGGUGGGCAUGGGGAAAGGGCCCCCCCACCACAGGCAGUUGUCAAACCUCAGGUCCUCACUCACCUGAUAGAGGGCUUUGUCAUCCAGGAAGGAGCAGAACCCUUUCCUGUGACGGGUCCAGUGAAAGAACGCUCUAGUGGGCCGAUCUCUGUGGCAGUCCCUCCUGCUGGUCAGUCAGAAUCUGAGGCUCCGGCAGUAAUGAAGUGUGAAUACUGUGAGAAUUUUGCUCCAGCCUCUCAGUUCAGGGGCUCCAAGCGAUUCUGCUCUAUGACUUGCGCCAAGAGAUACAACGUGAGCUGCAGCCAUCAAUUUCGUUCACGCCGUGGCCGGGCUCCCCGAGGAGCUGCUGGUGGUCCUGGAGGCCAAGAAGGCAUCCUAAGACGCCGAGGUCCUCGCAGGAGCAGUUCAGAAAUUGCCUGUGCCAAAAUAACCGGGAGACACUUGCCUGUCAAGUGUCGUUCAGAGUCCAGUCGGUCUGAAGAUGUAUCCAGCUGCGAGGAGGAGGAAGACUCCCUGUCCUUAUCUCCUGGAUCCUCCUUCUCCUGUCCUCGCCAAGCACACUGCGGGCCCUCUCUAGAUGGCCCGGCCCCUGGUGGUCUUCCAUUGGAAGGUGCCCAGUUCCUGUCUGGCAAACCGUCCCACUGGACCGUAGAAGAAGUGUGUCAGUUUAUCUCCUCCCUGCAAGGCUGUGAGGACCUGGCAGGUCAGUUCCUCUCCCAGGAGAUUGAUGGCCAAGCCUUGCUGCUGCUGAGGGAGGAACACCUCAUGUCCACCAUGAACAUCAAACUGGGGCCAGCUCUCAAGAUCUGCGCCUCCAUCAACAACCUGAGGGACUGAGGGGCUGAGACAGCGGGGUAGGGCUCAUGGGAAAAGGGACGUGAGAGUGACACAGGGCGGGGGCAGGCUCACUUCAGCAGCCAUUGAAAGUGCUUUCUACAUGUUUCGUGAAGGUGGAUCUGCUGUGUAUGAUGGCAGAAUAGCAGGGUUCUCAGUUUGUAUUUGCGAGAGGGGGAGUCAGGAGAAAACUGUGAAUGAGAACAAAAUAUAAUCACAUGCUUCACUGUCUCUGUGCAUAUGCAAUGAAAGAGCGUAAUUAUCAUUAUUAGUUAGCUGACUAAAAUGACAGUAUAUCUACGUCAAGGAAGUCAAAGUUGCCUUUUCACUGUUUCAGUGGUGCUUUAGUGAAGUAACAUAGUGUUAGACUUGAAAAUAGCAAUACCAGAGUCCUCUUUUCCAAAGUAAACAAUAAAACAGUGUUGCCCAUCAUUCCAUAUGUCGCUGGGUAGUUUUUGUCUUAAAAUGGAGUUCAGACCAAUUUUGACUCCAAGCAGAUCAAACUAAUUAUACAGAAGUACGAAUUUACUGCCAGAAUGCAUUUUUGAGGUCUGGUUUAUAGUUAUUUUAAUCUACAACUAUUACUAAAACAGUAUUUUUGUUAUUUUUGCAGUUCUGAUUUAUGAAGAUUAUUCUAUCAUUAGUCUUCUG